UUCUGCAAUUGAACCGGAACUGCUCAUUGGAUGAUGAAGGCGAUAGCGGGUGUGGACUGUUGGUCGAUGGAAUCGUUCUCCAUACGCCAUCCUUUUUAGCGCCAGUACGAGCCGGCGACGACGACCGGUCUCGUGAUGGCGGCGGCAUUGGUGCUAGGAUGCUCGCCGUCGGGCCUCCCGAGCCAACUCUCCGGCCGACGCGUGGCCUUCACCACCCCGCUCACUUAUGCCGGUCGGCUCGCCCGCCUCCUCGAGCUACGUGGCGCCACACCGCUCCACCUCCCCACCGUCGUCGUUGACACCACCCCUCGCACCCUCGUCGCCCUCCGCCCCUACCUCGCCGCCGGAGCUCUCGAGUCCUUUUCCGCUCUCGCCUUCACCUCCCGCAACGGAAUCACAGCAUUCUCCCUCGGCCUCGCCGAUGCGGACGGACCCCAGCCUCUCUCCGACUCGGGCGAGCUCUUCACCAUCGCGGCCCUCGGCAAGGAUGCCGAACUCCUCCACGAUGAAGGAUUUCUCUCGAAAAUCUGCCGGAACCCUAGCCGAAUCCGGGUCCUAGUGCCGGAGAUCGCGUCCCCGGCCGGUCUGGUGGAUUCUCUAGGCGCUGGGUCCGGGAGGAGGAUCCUGUGCCCAGUCCCCUCCGUCGUCGAUCUGGAAGAGCCGCCGGUAGUCCCGGACUUCCUGAGAGAUUUGUGGGCGCGGGGUUGGGCUCCCGAGAGAGUUCCUGCUUAUGAGACCAGAUGGACGGGACCGCGCUGCAUGGAGGGGUUGGUGGCAUUGGAUACAGUACUGGACGCCAUGGUUUUCACGAGCUCGGCAGAGGUGGAAGGGUUGAUUAAGGGGUUGCAGGCAUUGGGAUGGGACUGGGGGAAGGUGAGGCGACGGUGGCCGAAGAUGCUGGUCUGUGCGCAUGGCCCGGUAACUGCCAAAGGGGUGGAGAGGUUUGGAGUUCGCGUCGACGUGGUGAACUCCAAGUUCAGUAGCUUCGAUGGGCUCAUCGAAGCUCUUACUUCAAAGUUGGGGGGCUUUGGAUGUUGAAAGCUGAUAUCCGAACUCGCAACUCGGGCCUUCAGCAUUUCUCUGGUUAGACUUGAUGCCAGGCAGCUAAUCCAUGGAUUUCUCAACAUAGGCCCUGCUGACCAUUUGGGAUCAAACAAAGCCUCUUCGUCCGAUUAGUAAAUUGGUGAAUUAAGUACUCUUACUAUAAUUACGGGAAGUCAUUGGACUAAGCGGUAUCCGAUCAAUGAGUUCAUUUUUUCAGAUUCCACCUGAGCUAGAUGUUCCACUUCAAUUGAUUUAAAGAAAGCCCGAUUCCAAGGUGAAGGGCAUACAAGGGGAUUCUCAAGAACCUCCAUAAGGCAAUUUCCACCGAUCUUUUUAAUUAAGUCCCUAAAUUGACGAGUCGAUGGGGAAAAGGAAAAGCACAAUGAAGCAAUAAAAUGUGUAAAAGGAACAUUUUGCCUUUGGUUUGAGCUUUGCGUUGGAUCAAUGUUGAUGCAAUUUGAAACCGGAGAUCUACGUGAUCUUCUUGUGAUGUAAUAUUUACUUUUGUGAAUAAAACACUAGCAUGUAAUCAUGCCUUUAAGGGAUUAAAUAUAGAAAUCUCAUUUUGACA